CAAGCUGCAGAUGUGGCGAUGGCGGGCCGGCGUGGAGCGCUCAUCGUGCUGGAGGGCGUGGACCGCGCCGGGAAGAGCACGCAGAGCCGCAGGCUGGUGGCCGCUCUGUGCGACGCCGGCCACCGCGCCGAACUGCUCAGCUUCCCGGAAAGAUCAACUGACAUUGGCAAACUUCUAAGUUCUUAUUUGGAAAAGAAAAACGAGAUGGAGAAUCAUUCUGUGCACCUGCUUUUCUCUGCAAACCGCUGGGAGCAAGUGCCAUUAAUCAAGGAGAAGUUGAGCCAGGGUGUCACCCUCAUCGUGGACAGAUACGCGUUUUCUGGUGUCGCCUACACCAGCGCCAAGGCGGAAUUUUCGAGCGUGUACCAGCAGAGAAAAUGUAAACCAUCAGCACUGCCACCUGCCUCAGCACCGUCUGUCUCUGGGACCUGCCAGACACACCAGCAGGAUUUUUCCCUGGAUUGGUGCAAGCAGCCGGAUGUGGGCCUCCCGAAACCGGACCUGGUCGUGUUCCUUCAGUUACAGUUGGCAGAGGCCGCCAUGCGGGGCGAGUUCGGCCGCGAGCGGUACGAGAACAGGACUUUCCAGGAGAGUGUGUCGCAGCGCUUCCACCAGCUCAUGGGAGACACGACCUUGAACUGGAAGAUGGUCGAUGCUUCCCAAAGCAUUGAAGAUGUCCACAAGGAAAUCCGCGAGCUCUCUGAGGACACCAUCCAGGCCGCCGCGCAGAGGCCGCUGGGGGAGCUGUGGAAGUAGAUGUAUGGCGCCCACAGGACACACUGGGGGGCUGUGGCCUCCCUUGCGGGCCUGCGAGGCUCGGUGUGCGGACCAAUGGUGUUCACACUGCACCAUAUGGGGGCUGUGCCCGAGCCAGCGACAGGCAGAGCCGCAAGUCAGCCUCUGAGCCUGCGGGGCCCCGGGAACUCCACGCGGCCCAGCAGGACGACGGAGCAGGCUCCCUCUGCCGUCUUACCCUGAAGGUACCAGGAAAGGAUGGUAUUCCCUGUUGAAGUUUCGUGAUAACCACAUCCAAGCAGUUUCAUCAAGAUCAUUGCCAUGGCGAUCACCUGAAAUCUUCCUGAAUUUCUUACAGGCACUAAUAAAAAUUCAUUUGAAAAUGUA